CGUCCUCGAUACUGAAUUCUCAUUCAGUAUUUUGGGCAUCAACCUUAUCGGAAGUUAAAAUACAAAAUGGCGAGCACGUCGAGAAAAACAGAAUUUGAAAAUCCAAGAAAAGCACUUUUUCGUUCCCCUACUGCUCUGGAGGGGAGCCAACAGGACCAACCAGAUUGGCCCCUGCUCAGCAGGCUUCAGGUUGAACAUGACACUGAAGUUUGCAUGAGGAAUGUGCAAAAAGAAUUACACCUGCAGCGCUUGGAAGACCUGAAGAAGAAAGUGGACUAUUUGGCCCAGACUGACUGGAAGUAUACACCAGCCCAGAAGCUGAUUGGUUUAGAGUGAGGUGAUCUUAUCACUCCAGCCAAUAGGAGGAGGUCACAGAAAAAAAUUGACUGGAAACAGUUGCUAAUGACUAUCUGCAAAGCUGAUUGGUUUAGAGGGAGCUCAUCUGAUGACUGCAGCCAAUAGGAGGAGGCGACAGAAGAAAAUGGCUGGAAAUGCAAACUAUCUGUGAAACUGAUUGGUUUAGAGUGAAGUUAUCUUGUCAGUCCAGCCAAUGGGAGGAGGUGAUAGAAAAUGACUGGAAAGGCAAAUUCUUGCAAAACUUAUUGGUCUAGGAUGGGGAUCUUUUAUGAAGGCAGCCAAUAAGGGAAGGUGAAACACAUUGUUGAUGGAAAGAUUUGCCAACCAAUAGUGAAAUGGUUGAGAAGUUCUAAAGAAAGCAGCCAGUAAGAGGAGGUGAAACAGAUCAUGAUGGGAAAGACUCAGAAGCAUGAAGGCUGAUUGGUCAAGAAUGUUAUCUUCUGAUGACGGCAGCCAAUCAGAUCAAUCGAAUAACAAUUAUGGAAUGCAUGUAUAUCAUUGGUGUGUAUGGCAAUUUAGCAUGUACUUGUAAUUGUAAGCAGCCAAUCAGAUCAAUCGAAUAACAACCAUGGAAUACAUGUAUAUCAUACAAGUUGGUGUGAUAUUCCUGAGUGAAUUUUACCGACUCGACCAGAACCAGAAUUGUAUGCAGCCUAUAAAAUCCCAGACCACAUAUGUUGAAGAGCGCCCUCUACUAAAAAGUAACUCUGAUCCAUUCACUUGUAUGUGAACACAUGGUGAACACUACGGUUCCCUUCAGCCAAGUUGGUGAUACCAUGGAGGAGGGGCGAUAUGGCAUGUUCUGGGAGACUGGGAAUGAAUCUGCAUUAUGUUACUGUUACCUUCCACGGUCCCUGUUACCAAAUCUCAAUGCUAAGUGCCCCGAAAUCCUGGACAAAAACUGCAUGAUCAAAAACCGAGAACUUCACAAAAUUAGAAAUUCAGGCUUGGGGAUUUAAUAUUCCUGCUUAACUUUCUGCUGAUGUAAGCGGACUACACAGUGAAAUACACAGGCUGACAAAAACACAUGUAAUGAUGUUGGAAAUAAAAGCGUGUGAAACAA